AUACUUUAUAAGCUUUGUCUUUAUUCUUUCUUUCUUUUUAUUUUUAUUUUAUUCUUUUUUUUUUAUUAUAUUUUAUUUUCUUAUUUUAUUUUACUUUAUUUUAAUUCUUCUUUGGAAAUCUCUUUCUUGACUACCUCUUCACCAUGCCACAAAAGCAUUUGCUUGAUUCAGUUCUUGUCAAUAUUAAUUCGAAUGACGGAAAUGAACUAAUAAUUCGUGUAUCUCCAGUUCAUGACAAUAUUUUAUCAAUCAAGAAUCUGCUACGAAGAACACUUCCUAAUAUCACGCACAAAAACAUCCGGUUAAUUCACAACGGUCGACUAUUGGACGAUAAUUAUACUCUAGCAGACUAUGGUCUUGGCACCAUCUCUACAGUUUAUUUUCUAUGUUCACUAUCUGAAUUUUCUGAGAGUUCAACUCAAUUUAAAGAUUCUGACGAGGAAAGCGAAGGCCAAGAAGAAAGAGGGUUGGACAGACUAAGGAAGUCUGGGUACAAUGCCGAAGAAAUUAGAAGCAUUCGGAUGGAGUUUCACAGAACCCACAGGACUGAGUACAAUGGUGAAACCACAGAACAUCAAAGACAGUUAGAGGACGCAUGGAUGGAAAGUACAGGAGAGACAUUACCAGGAGGUACAGUGUACCAGAUCCUGUGUGGUCUCAUCUUGGGCUUCUUCCUUGGAUUACUGUGUCUGUUCUGGCUAAGGGAACCUGUAUUCACUAGGAAGCAUCGAAUGGGUAAGGGAAUCUUUAAGAGUUUUCCAAAAACCAAUAGGCUGUUAAUCUUUUGA